AUGGAGACAGAAAUUAUAGCGAGAGAAACAGAAGAUGAGGAAAGGGUGUUUGAAUUGUUUAACAAUAAUGAUAAAUGUGAGAAUGAGAAAAAAACAGAUAAGAAAUUGUACGAAUUGAACCCGCUACAUGAUUUGGUUAAUGCAUUACCAUAUAUCGAUUCAUACGAUAAAGAAUUAGAGAAAAAUGCAAAAAGCAUGGUUGAAGAAGAAAUGAUGUUAAUGAAUAAACAAAAUGAAAUAAAAAAUUAUUUAGAAAAUUUUGAUGUACCCCCGUCUGUGUAUUUAAAAAAAGAAGAUUCAGUUAUACCAAAUGAAUUAAAAAGGUGUGAACAAAAUGAUAAAAUGGAAAAGUUAAAUUUAAAUUAUUAUAAUAUUGAAAACGAGACAUUAAAUGAAAGUAAAAAUGUCGAAGAAUGGGCAAAAACGUUGAAAAAAUAUGAACUCGUUUUAGAAAAUUUACAUAAUGCUCUUAUCAAUAUGGAAUUAAUGAAUAAAUAUAAGGAAGUCAUGUGGAGUGAGCACAUGAAGAUAUUCACACACAUAGAUAUCAAUUUACAAAAUAGUAUAAAAACAUUAAAAGAACAAAUUGAUAAUAUAAAUAAACAAAGAAAAUUACAUCAGUUAAGUUAUGUUAACGAAUUGUCUACCUUGCAAAAUGAGAGAAAUGAAUAUAAACGCAAAAACGCCAUUGUUCUGAAUGAGAUAAAGAGGUUACUUUCUGAAAAUAUGCUCAUGCAAUAUAAGCGUAAUUUAAUAUGA